AAAGACCAAAGUUACAGUUUAUCACUAAAAUAAAAAAUAAACAUGUUUAUAUACUUGUAUACAGUAGAUAUAUAUAUAAGUAGAUUUUUUGAUGUGUAUUAAUGUAUUAUCCAUAGCAUUUAAGGUACGGACAUACGUCUAUAUUUCCACAGAUGACUUGACUACAAUCAAUUCCGAUCACCGGAUCACCCAAUGAAGCACCAUUUACAAUUUUUGAGGUUAUAUUUUGACACACAUAUUAAAAUAAUUCCAAGUUUACACAUUCUACACACUUUUCCAAAAAACUAUAGGUGACUACCAAAAUGUCGGUUCUGGAAUUUUCGGAGACAUUAGCCAACCAAAGCAGGCACCCCAUGAAAACCGCCCUUCAUUGUCAACUUUGCCCAUACUUCACAACGUCAUUUUUUCUCCUGGUCAACCACAUCAAACGCCAUUCCACACAUCAACGUUUUCAAUGUCAGAACCCCAGGCUUGAAAUAUUUUACUGCAAAGACUGCGAUUUUGAGACAGAGCUAACGCUGCUUUUCAAACAACACCUCCAACAACAUCAUAACCCAAACCGGAAAAAUCGGACUGAUUUAUUGCAUAAAAACCGCAUUAUUCGGUCAAACCGCUGCAAAAAAUGCAAGUUUUUAACGCACUUUGGGAUUAAGUGGCUUCAACAUGCAACAACGUGUACAAAAAAGAAGAAAGCUUGUGGAGUGGUUAACUCUGUGGCCAAAAGUAACAAUAAACGAGUGACAGAUGACAUUAAGUGGUUCAACUGUGCACAGUGUCCCUUCAAAACCAAACAAAAUUCGCAUUUAAAAAUCCACUUAAACACGCGGCAUUCGGACGAAAGUGGACCUAAAUGGCAUGAGUGUAAAGAGUGCUCAUACAGAACUAAGUGUAACUAUCGACUGAUGUACCACAUAAGUUCACAUCUUCUAGUGGAACGAAAUAAGUGGUAUAAAUGCAAUGAGUGUCCUUUCAAAAGUCAAACAAAUUCUGGUUUAAAAAGUCACGUGGAAGAGCGGCAUUUGAUUAACCAAACAAUAAAAUGGUACAAGUGUUCAAAAUGUCCAUUCAAAACCACUGAAAAAAUACCCCUGAAAUACCAUUUAAAAACGCACUCUUUAAAAGAACAGAAUAAGUUCUAUGAAUGCAGGGAAUGUCCAUACAAAAGUACAACAUAUUCUAACUUAAAAAACCACGUGAAGUAUAUGCAUUUGGACGAAAACUGCAUUAAAUGGUACGAAUGUACAGAUUGUUCAUUCAGAACUAAGUAUAAGUGUAGUUUAACAAGUCACGUGAACGCACGUCACUUGAGUGGAGGGGAUAUUAAGUGGUUUCAUUGCACACAGUGUCCAUAUAAAGCUAAACAUACAGUCAGUCUAAAAAGUCACGUAAUUGCUCGACACAUGAGUGAGAAAGACACUAAAUGGUACAAAUGUAACAAGUGUCCUUUCGCCACUAAACAUAAAACGUCUGUAGUUAAACACCUAAAAACACACGAGUAAGAAAGUGCGGAACUGUGUAUAUGCAAAUGAAAAAGAGUUAAUAAUUGUUGUUUCAUGAAAA